ACAGUGCACCUUUGGGUAUCCUCAAAGUCGGGUCCGAAUCAAUCUCUCAGUGGCUGAAACGACUUUGCCCGGAUCGGUUGAACGGUGAUUUUCUAUAUUAGUGACUGUUUGGAUGUUUAGUGAACAGAUCGUUUAUCUGGAGUUUUGUGCAAAUUGUGCUAGGAAUGAAGCUCACCGUGAUUGUAUCUAAGUCGCACAAAGAAAGUCAUUACAUGAUCAACUAAUAGUUCGGAACAGAUCUAGUUACGAUAGCGAGUGUUUGAAGUGAAUCGAUACAUUCCCACGUUUUACGAUCCUAUAUUUGAAUGCAAUUUGCCUUGGAAAAUCAAAUAUAUCAACGAACGUUGGUGAUGCUAAUGGGCAUUGAUGAACUAGUUUCAGUUGAUUCGUGAACGUCGGAGAAACAACCAAAUUGGAUCACGUUCAGUGUCACGAUGUUUAAGAUUUUGCUGGCAAUCGCCGGGUUCUUCCUGCUCGUUUGGUAUUACCUGUUUCGAAGAUCGCGUCGCCGGAUGUACGAACUGGCGGCCAAAAUACCUGGCCCUCUGGAUUGGCCCCUGAUCGGUGCGAUCCACAUCGGAGUCGGGCGCGGUCCAACGGAAAUCUUCAACUACCUGUUCCAAUAUAUGCACACACUCCGAUCGCCGAUACGGGCCUGGUUCGGACACCUGCUGGUCAUCCUCAUCGACGAGCCGGAACAUUUGGCCGUGAUUUUGAACUCGCAAGACUGUCUGAAAAAGUCGUACGUGUACCGCUUCGUGGGCUUCGAAAAGGGUCUCUUCAAUGCCCCACCAGAACUGUGGCGUGUUCUGCGGAAACAGUUGAACACCUCAUUCUCAAAUGCAGCCACCAAAAGUUUCGUGCCAGUGUUCAACGAAAAAUCCGACAACCUUGUGUCGAAUCUGCGCCACCACGUUGGACGCGGACAGUUCGAUUUCCUGGCCAUAGCUGGGGAAUACUCGCUGUCGACGUCAUCGGUCAACGCGUUGGGAUUGGAUCUGGACAACGACCAAAGUGACUACAAGAAGCGCUACCUGGAGAACGGAGAGAAAAUGUUCACGCUGAAAUUUACCCGCAUCUACAAGGCUUGGCUGCACCCGCAGUCGAUUUACAAAUGGACCGCCAGCUACCGCGAGGAGAUAAGGCGGCUCAAAUUCUUCCAGAACAUGUCACGCAAUAUUUUUGAAACCCGCAAGCGCAUGCGCCUUACCAACCCAGAGUCCUUCAGCGCAGCCGAACGGGACGAGGACAACGUGCGCCGACCUCAGCUGUUCAUCGAGCGCCUAGAGAAGAUGUACUUUGAGUCGAAGACCACCGACGACGAGGGGGUCAUCGAGAACCUGGACACGUUCCUGUUCGCCAGCAACGACACCACGGCAUCGCUCGUCUCGACGACGCUGCUCCUGUUGGCCAUGUACCAGGACGUCCAGGAGCGGCUGUUCCAGGAAAUCCGGGACACACUUCCGAACGACUUCAUCGAGUACGAAGAUCUGGCUAAGCUGACCUACCUGGACAUGGUGCUGAAGGAAACGAUGCGCCUCAUUCCGGUGGUGGCCGUGGUGGCGCGUGAAAACGAAAAGGAAAUUCAAAUUGGCGAGUACACCAUUCCGGCCAACACGCAGAUCGUGGUGCCGAUCAUCAAGGUGCACCGGGACAAGAACAUCUGGGGCGAGCGGGCCGACGAGUUCGAUCCGGAGAACUUUUCGCCGGAGAAUUGCGCCAAACGGCACCCGUACGCGUUCAUUCCGUUCAGCGGAGGCAUUCGGAACUGCGUCGGAAUCAAGUACGCGUACGUUUCGCUGAAGAUUGCGCUGAUUAAGCUGAUCAAGAGUUACAAAUUUUCCACCACCCUCAAAUUAUGUGACCUAGAGUAUCACGCAUCAAUGGUAAUGCGGGUGGUGAAUGGGUAUCUAGUGAGUAUAGAACAGCGAGUGGAAAGUUCUCACCAACCAACUGUUGAUCAAUGAAAGUGGCGCAAUCUUUCUUUUAAGUAGUGAGAUAAUUUAGCUGUAAUUUAACAUUGUCAGUCUGAAACAAUUAAAAUCACAUCAUUAUUCAAUACACAAUACAUUCAGAACAGCUUUCUAAAAGUAAUAACUGUCUACCCAAGUUGUAAGUAAAUACUUGCCGUGAAAGUAAUUUGAAUACAAACAUUAUUUAACACAAGCAAUCAUAACAGUGCGACGGUUUAGACUAUCAGAUUAAACUCAUUGAAAGAAAUUAAAGAUCGAGUCGCACGAUGAACACUGUUUGUAAUCAAUCAACCUACGCAGUGUUGGGAAAAGUUUUUCUCCCAUAGAAAAUAAACAACUUUCUACACAA